AAGAAGUAGAGUUAGGUUGAGAAUCCUUUGGUUCGGUGGCUGAGCCAUGGCGGAUGUAGUUUUAUAGCGGCGGCGCGGUUGGAAUUGCGCCUUCGGCCUCCGGUUACUUGUAUUUGGUCUGGCCGCAUCCCCCGGACAUGUCUCCGACCUCUCUACCACUGGCAGUGGGCGUCGCCGCCGUUCUCCUGAGUUACUACUGUACGGUGGCGUCGGCAACUGGCGUGCAAGAUGAGAAAGCGGCCAAGGUGGAUCCAGCAGUGCGGAAAAUAACUUCUCCACAUCCUGUGGAUAAUGUUGUAAGUGAUGAAUCCAUUACCAAAACAAACCUGGGUUUCAUACAUGCCUUCAUUGCAUCUAUAUCAGUCAUUAUCGUCUCUGAGCUGGGCGACAAGACGUUCUUCAUAGCAGCAAUUAUGGCCAUGCGCUACAAUCGCCUGACUGUGCUUGCUGGGGCAAUGCUGGCUUUGGGAUUGAUGACCUGUUUGUCUGUUCUCUUUGGCUACGCUACUACAAUAAUACCCCGGAAGUAUACGUACUAUGUAUCAACUGCACUAUUUGCAAUAUUUGGCUUCCGAAUGCUUUGGGAAGGCUUGAAGAUGAGUCCUAAUGAAGGUCAAGAAGAACUGGAAGAAGUGCAAGCAGAAAUCAAGAAGAAAGAUGAGGAUCUUCAGCGAUCAAAAGUGGCAAAUGGUCCACAGGAUAUUGAAGCAGGCUCAACAACACAUCUACCACAAAAGAGGCGAUUGCAUUGUAUUUCUCCAGUUUUCAUUCAGGCAUUGACUCUUACAUUUCUGGCAGAGUGGGGAGAUCGGUCACAGUUAACUACCAUUGUAUUAGCUGCUCGGGAGGAUCCCUUUGGUGUUGCUGUAGGUGGGACACUAGGACACUGCCUUUGUACUGGAUUGGCAGUAAUUGGAGGAAGGAUGGUUGCUCAGAAAAUUUCAGUUAGAACUGUGACCAUCAUUGGUGGAAUAGUUUUCUUGGCAUUUGCACUCUCUGCCUUGUUCAUCAGUCCUGACAGCGGAUUUUAAUGGCAUGUUUUCGGAUUGUUGACCAAGAUUACCCAUUUCUGAUCUUGAUUACUAUUUUUGUAUAUGUACAAAGUAUCAACACACUGGAGAAGACUUGAUAUGGACCUGUACUUCCUGUACAGUUCACAUUUUAGCUACAGAAGGCAGACUUCUUGAGUUUUUUCCAAUUCGGACAACUUCUUUUUCCUGUAUAAGUAUGUCAGUAAGUGGAUGCCUUGCUGCUCACAGAACACAAAUAGUUAAUGAUGCAUUGGAAGUUUAACUUGGAAGAGGAUUCUUUUAAAUGAUUUUUCAUAAGGGGAAUCUGAACAUUAACAAUGUAGUAAAUGUUCCUACAAUCCUCGGUCUCUGAAAAAUAUUGCUGAGCUAUUCUUCUGUUUAAAACACUCCUUUUGUUUUCUUCUCUUGGACACCGUAUUUAUUCAUGUAAACAGUCAAUUGAAAAUGUCUUCUACCUCCCCCAUCAACCAAAGGGCCUCCAUUGCAUUACUUAAAGGGAUCAUUUUGUCAAGCAAUGCAAAACUCGGUACAAUAAGCUGACAUGGCUAGGAAUGCUUUGUCAAAUAAAUAGAUGAUAUUGAGAUUGUUUAAAUCAACAGAUGGCCCAGUUGGAAGAUUUCUGUUUCAUAAAUUGAAUACUUAGGUUGUUGAGAUGCUUUUUGAUAUGAUCAGCAUUUAAUUUGUAACUUCUAUGUUGAUCCUGUCAAUUGGUCCUGUUUCAUUUGUUAAUAUCUGAUGAGUACAAUUUUAUAAAUACUUUCCACUUCCACUAAGUUUUCAAUCAAAUAACAUAUAGAUAAUCAAUUAGCAUUUUCUAAAAGUUAAAAGCAGAGGGAUUUAUGAGGUCUGCAGGUACUGCUUACUUAAUCUGUCAAAUUAUAAGGAGAUCAGAAGGAAUUUUUUUAUAAAGAGUUCUGUGCUACAAUUUACUUUUGAUGUUCAUUCUAUAAAUGUAAGUGAAUACCACCUUCGUCCAACAUAGUUGUUUAAACUUCGUCUUUUAACUGUUAAGUUCAUAUUGACACAGUUUUUGCAAUGCAUUUAAGCCUGUCUUAUGUGUAGAUAGUGCAGACUGUUUGACAUGGAAUAGGAUCAACAAUCAAUUAGUUGCAUAACUACUUACUGCUUUUUUACAAUGUUCUGAAGGGGGAGCUUUCUCAAUGCUGAAACUCCAAAGCAGCAAGACAAGCCUUGAAAAAUGUGAAUAAGUAUAGCAGAAGCAUGAUUUAUUCCACUGCGGCAUUCCUUCUUGAGUUAAAUAAGCACUUUUAUUUUGUGAUUGCGAUGUGUGACAACUAUUUAAAUUAUCAUUUGAACAGCUAAAUUUAUCUUCAUCGUAUAAAAUUAUGUGAACAGUUAAGGAUAUCAUGCAGCCCACUAAAUGUAGUAGCAAACACCCACAACAUAUUGCAUGUGUACCCUAUCGAUUGUCUUGCUAUAAAGAUUCAAAAACUACUUCUACUCAACUUUUUACAGAAAUUUAAAUAGAGUACCCUUUGACAUGACUAUAACUGGAACUAAAAACUGGGAUCCUUGAAUCUCACUUGCCUGUGGCAAAUUAACAUGUCUUGGCAGGUAACUAAGACAAUUUUAUACUGUCAGGGGAAAUAUAAGAAUUGUGUAUGUCUAUAAUGUAUGAAAUCUUCAGAUUAGCAUAUUGAAGAGCAGUAGCAAGGAAAUGGGAAUUAAAGCAGAGUUUACCUUAGUGUGCUAAUAGAGAAAUCUUCCCUGUGUUUGUUAAAGCAUUUUUUGUAAAGUGUUGUUUUUGAUAUACUGCUACUCACCCCCUGUGGAGAAAUCAUGAUGGGGAUGGGGUAGCAUCAUUACUUGACAAUUUAUGCAAUGUCUCAGUGUGGGAAAUGAUUUUUAAUGAUUUUAACAUCAACAAGUUAAUCAGUUGCAUUAUGAUUGCUUGUCAGAGGAUCAAUACUACAGUAUUGUUGCUGAACAACCGCCUCAAUUUCCAUCCUAGGAGGAAGAAAUUUAUAAACUUACCCUUGAACUACAAUCACUGACUUUUAAUAUGGUACCCUUCUUAAUUUCAAAGGUCUUGAACCAGAACAGCAUUUUACUUGACUGUUCUGUGGAAAAACAACUAACUCUUUUGUUUCCAAAGCAUGAACUUAAUUGCUCUGCUAUACUGGUGCAACUAAUGCAGUUUUUCUGUUGGUAUAAAGUUCAGAUCUCAGCAGAUAUAUCACAAUGUAAGGUAUGACUUCGUUUGUACUGGGUAUCUCUUUCUCAUGAUUAAAGAUCUUGUCUUUUGAGUUAA